CACUAAUUUCUUGAUCAUGACCAGUUUUUUUAGUAAACAUUGUGUUAUUUGAUACUGUAAGUACAUGCUCAAAUGCUGAAUACGAGUUGUAAACAUUCAGGAAAGAGUAACAUUCAAAGUAACAAGCAUUGCAUUUACACACAGCACAGGUAAAGACGGAGAAGCUCACUUGAAGCUACUUGCUGUCACAUGAGUGGUAGCUUUAAUCUUUUUAGAUAUUUGAAAAAAGUCCCUAAGCAUUUGUUACAGAACCGGAAAGCAAAUUUACCUAGGUGUCGGGGACACGUACUAAGUUCUACUCUUCAAUCGCCAAGGUUGCUCAGGCCAUUCACCUGUUUCAAACAUUGUAAUCAAAAGCAUUUCUCGAGUAAAAUGCUUUCUUCAAACUUAACCAGUAUGUCCCUAGAGGAUGAAGAGCAGAUCGAUUAUAAUUUCGAUAGCAUACUUGUACAGAACCUGCGAACGAAUGCAAAAGUUGGCACAGAUCAAUGGAGACGUUCAGCUCUCCAACCCGUGGAAGUUAAUCUGCGUAUGGUUCUAGGUACUCGUUUAAAUGGCGAAGACAAUCACGACUUGAAGAAUUCUAUUCAUUAUGGAAUAGCUUCCAAAAUUGUCUUGGAAACCAUCGAAAACAAUGAAUUCAGCGGCUUACGAAACAUGGCUGAUACGAUUGCUGCUACUUGUCGUAAUGAGUUUAAAUUUCGUGAUUUUUCUGUGAAUAUCCGAUUACCCAAGAAGAUUCUGCGUUCUAGAAGUGGAUUGGUAUAUGAUGCAGAAAGACAUAGUCAGUACCAUCGAGACAGUGUCAAAAUCUUUGAUUUAGAACUUGCAACUAUCAUAGGUAUUCAUCCUUUUGAGCGCAAAGAGAAACAAAGGUUAGGUUUAGACGUUGCUUUCUCUGUAGACGGCGACAAAGAAUUCGACUCUCUGGGAAUCUCCGAUAUUUGUCAUGAAGUUGCGAAAUUCGUUGAAACUUCUAGUUUCCUCACUAUCGAGGCUUUGGUACAUAAACUUUCUAAAUUUCUGUGCUUUGGAUUAUCUGUUGACUGUGUGCACAUCAAAGCAGAAAAACCUAGUGCUAUCACAUUUGCCGAUGCUCCUGCUGUUCAAAUAUGUCGUUCCAGAAAAACUUUCUUGCUCGAUUCCAUUCACAAGUACGAGUCCAGCGUACCAAAGAUAGCAUAUAUAUCUUUUGGAUCUAAUAUGGGCGAUCGCAUGAAAAAUAUAGCUACUGCCCUAAAAUCUCUCUCUAACAUUGAGGGUAUUAACCUUUUAGAUGUCUCUCCGUUGUAUGAAACAAGGCCUAUGUAUUACAAGGAUCAGUCGCUAUUCAUGAAUGGUGUUUGUAAAAUUGAGACGAAAAUGUCACCUAUGAGUCUUCUUCGAGCAUGUCAAUUCAUUGAACAACAAUUAGGCCGUGUUAAGAUGAUUGAUAAAGGACCAAGGUGUAUAGAUCUUGAUAUCGUGAUGUAUGAAGACUGUAUCUAUGAGUCUAAAGAGCUUACAAUACCUCACGCUGGUAUGAUGGAACGGGAAUUUGUUUUGAGACCAUUAGUAGCCUUAGAUUGUACUCUCGUUCAUCCUGCUACUCAACAACUACUACUUACAAAACUUAAAGAGUUACCAGCUCAGGGAGUUAAAGUUUACGCCACAUAUUUAAGUGACACUGUUAAGGAAGGUGCAGUUACCAUGGGAGUCAUUAAUAUAACACCAGAUUCAUUUUCCGACGGAUCUAUUGUUACAAAAACCAACGUUGUUGAAAUCGCGAAGAGGAUGGUUGAAAACGGCGCUUCUAUUCUAGAUAUAGGAGGUCAAUCGACACGUCCGCAUGCGAGGACGGUUACCGUCCAAGAAGAGAUAGAUCGAGUAGUCCCAGUAAUACGUGCUAUCCGUAAUGCUGACAUCCAAGUUCCGAUCAGCGUUGAUACCUUUGAAGUAGAAGUUGCGAGGGAAGCAAUUUUUGCAGGCGCCAAUAUUAUCAAUGAUGUCUCUUCUGGAACGAAAUGUCCAGAGAUGCUUUCUUUUGCUGCAAAAGCGGGUAUUCCAAUUUGCUUAAUGCAUAUGAGAGGUACUCCUCAGACCAUGAACUCUCUUUCUAAUUAUGAAAAAGAUAUAGUUCAAGAAGUGUUUGAAGAAUUGAAUGAAAGAGUGCAGGCUGCUAUCAAAGCUGGGAUCCCCCGUUAUAACAUCAUUCUUGAUCCUGGAUUUGGGUUUGCUAAAAAACCUGAACAUAGUGUUGCUUUAUUAAAUAGAUUUGAUGAACUCGUUAAAAAACCCGAAUUUAUGGAUCUACAAUGGCUUUCUGGACCAAGCCGCAAGGGUUUUACUGGCCGUUACACCAAUGAAGUAGAACCUGUAAAAAGAAUCUGGGGUACUGCUGCGGCAGUAACAGCUAGUGUUUUGAAGGGUGCAAAUAUAGUUCGAGUACACGACGUCGAAGAAAUGUCUAAAGUUAUUACCAUGGCUAAUGCAGUUAAAAUGUCUACUUAGAGAGAAAGGAUGAAAAUCUGGGUGCUUGAGUAAUUUAUUGUUCUUCUAGAUUAAUUAUUAUUAUUACUUUUAAUAUUUCUUGUCUCUGGGUUACAAUAUUCACAUCUAAUCUAGGAAUUUUGUUCAUUGCUUCUAUAUCGUUUACAAGAUGUGUGAAUCUGAAACGUUGUCGGGCCGAGCUUUAAUAAAUUAAGUUAGCUAGAUUCAUAUAUGACACUCUUAUUACACGAAUAAAAAUAGAAUGGCAUUGGAUGUACUGCUAGCAUGAGAGUAACGUAAUCUUCGUAUCAUACUGCUCUACCAAAUUCUCUU